GUGGCACUGGGAGGCCGGUCCCGGAGUGCGGAAGCUGCCCUGCGGAUGUUCGCCUGACUCCCGCAUGAUUCAUCCUCCCCGCAUGCGCUGACAUGGAAAGGUUCCAGUCUUCCAUGCGCAAGCGGCUUUACAGCCUGCCGCAAAACAUGGGCCAAAAAGCCGAAUGGGACGCCGGCGACAAGGACACGAAGAGGAAAAGUAUCGUGAUGAGACAUUUGUCCCCCGCCAACAGUUGCAGGAGCGCGGAGGAGGACCGGGACGUGUCCGGGAAGACCAGCGUGAACGGAGACUGCCGCCGCUUCAGGAGCAGCAUCUCGUCCGUCAGCGGGCGUCGUCCCCCCGGGGCAGAUCCGGCGGAGCAGCGCUGCCUCAUCCCGGAGGCGGACGCCGGUGUGGACGAAAGUUCCCCCGGCGAGCGCGGCCCGGCGGCGGCGGCGGCGGCGGGCGUGAGUGGCGCCGCCUUCGAGCAGGCGACUUUCAUCAAGUUGGAGGGAAGCGAGCAGAUCAUCCCCGAGGAUGAGCGGCUGUACCAAGCCGGCUUCAUGCACCGGCAGUUCGGGGCCAUGCUCCAGCCGGGAGUCAACAAGUUCUCUCUGCGGAUGUUGGGCAGCGAGAGGGCGGUGGAACACGAGCGGGAACGCGUCAAGUCUGCCGGCUUCUGGAUUAUUCAUCCGUACAGCGACUUUAGGUUCUACUGGGAUCUGACCAUGCUGCUUCUGAUGGUGGGAAACCUCAUUAUCAUCCCUGUGGGCAUCACCUUCUUCAAGGACGAGCACACGCCGCCCUGGAUCGUCUUCAACGUGGUCUCCGACACCUUCUUCCUUAUGGACCUGGUCCUCAACUUCCGCACUGGCAUCGUCAAGGAGGACAACACGGAGAUCAUCUUGGACCCUCGGCAAAUCAAGAUCAAGUACCUGAAGAGUUGGUUUGUGGUGGAUUUCAUCUCCUCCAUACCCGUGGACUACAUCUUUCUCAUCGUGGAGACUCGCAUCGACUCUGAUUUUUACAAGACGGCCCGAGCACUGAGGAUCGUGCGCUUCACCAAGAUCCUCAGCCUGCUGCGCCUGUUGCGCCUUUCCAGACUCAUCCGCUACAUUCACCAGUGGGAGGAGGUUUUCCACAUGACCUACGACCUGGCCAGCGCCAUGGUGCGUAUCAUGAACCUGAUUGGUAUGAUGCUGCUGCUGUGUCAUUGGGACGGCUGUCUGCAGUUCCUGGUUCCCAUGCUGCAAGACUUCCCUCCUGAUUGCUGGGUCACACGGAAUAAGAUGGUGAACGACACGUGGGGUCAGCAGUACUCCUACGCCCUGUUCAAAGCCAUGAGCCACAUGCUGUGCAUCGGCUACGGGUUGUACCCGCCAAUCGGCAUGGCCGACGUCUGGCUCACCAUCCUCAGCAUGAUCGUGGGCGCCACCUGUUUCGCCAUGUUUGUGGGCCACGCCACCGCUCUCAUUCAGUCUCUGGACUCUUCCAGGAGGCAGUACCAAGAAAAGUACAAACAGGUGGAGCAGUACAUGUCCUUCCACAAGCUCCCCGCCGACACGCGCCAGAGGAUCCACGAUUACUACGAGCACCGCUACCAGGGCAAGAUGUUUGACGAGGAGAGCAUUUUGGAGGAGCUGAAUGAGCCGCUGCGAGAGGAGAUCAUCAACUUUAACUGCCGCAAGCUCGUCGCCUCCAUGCCGCUGUUUGCCAACGCCGAUCCCAACUUCGUCACUUCCAUGCUGACCAAACUGCGCUUCGAGGUCUUCCAGCCGGGCGACUACAUCAUCAGGGAAGGAACCAUCGGGAAGAAAAUGUACUUCAUCCAACACGGCGUGGUCAGCGUGCUGACCAAAAGCAGCAAAGACACCAAGCUGUCAGAUGGCUCUUAUUUUGGAGAGAUUUGCCUGUUGACUCGAGGCAGAAGGACAGCGAGUGUGCGAGCAGACAACUACUGUCGUCUCUACUCUCUGUCUGUGGACAACUUCAAUGAGGUGCUGGAGGAGUAUCCGAUGAUGAGGAGGGCCUUUGAGACAGUGGCCCUUGACCGCCUCGACCGCAUUGGAAAGAGAAACUCUGUUCUCCAACAUAAAGUUGAGCAUCACCAAAGUUCUGGCACAUUAAACCUCCAAGAGAGUGAGAUCAUCCAAAGAAUAGUGCAACAUGACCGCGACAUGGCCCAGUGCACACAGCUCAUCGAGACCAGCAACGGGCAGAGCUUGACCGCUCCCCCUGCAUCACCCACCCCGGUCAUUUGGGCCCCCCUGAUUCAGGCGCCUCUCCAGGCGGCUGCUGCCGCCACCCCGCUGGCCUUGGCUUUGGCUCACCACACCCAGCUGCCCCCCAUCCUCUUUCACCCUUCUCUGGCUACUGGCUCCCUGAAAGACCCCAUCAGCCACUCGAAAAUACUCCACAGUGGAGCGUUCUCUUCUGUGGUCCGGGGUUCAGGGUCCAGUUCCCCUGUGAGCUCACCCAAAUUUCACACAGGGGUUGAAAGUCCCCCACUGGCCUCCAUCAGACUGCCGCACCUUACUACUGGGCCACUGCCGACUCUGACUUCUCAGCCGAUCUUUACCAGCAGCUUGCAGCCCCUGUUGCCUCCUUCUCAUCCUCCACACUCGGGUAUGGCCUCGGUCUUCCCCAUCAGCCAGGCCGCUGUCUCCUACACUUGUGCGGCUCAGCUCCACUCGCAGCCCUUCCACAGCGUCCUGGCCACGCCGCACUGUCCGUUCGGUUUACUCCAGCAGGGGGAGACAGCGAGGCUAGUAGGGAGAUUUCCAGACCCUUCCUCCUGCGCCAUAAGUCCUCUGAUCUCCAGCUCUGUUGGCCCGAUUCUAAAUCAGCUGCAGGAAAGCUCGCGGGUCAUCACACAGCAGAUGGGUACCUGUCAUGGCAGCGCAGGCAGUAUUGCCAGCGGACGGAACUUUCCAUAUUUGCCCAUUAGCACCAGCAACCCUCAGUCCUCCAGCAGAUUUAUUCUGCCAGCCGGAGGCGGCGGGGCUGCGGCGUCUCUGGCACAGCAGAGUCUGGCAGGUCUCCAUACCGCAUUCCUGCCGCAGCUUCUACCGGAGCAGUCCGCCCUCGCCGCCCUGGCGCAUUACGGCUCUGCAGAGGCCUCGCCUUGCUACACACCUCCACUUCACAGUCCCAGCCUACAAAGUCCGGUGAGGGGAAGGACAGUUUACCUAAAUGAACCCACCAGGAUCAAAGACAUUCACAACCCUCUUAGCACUCAGACCUCAUGCCCAGCCAGGGUGGCGUGCACCAUCAGGGAGCACAACGAGUCACCAGGAGAGCUCUUCAGCCAGGAAAUAAAGACAAUCUCGGGCUCUCAUAGCUCUUUAUACCACACGCAGGACAGGCUUUUCGAGGGGUUAUCAAGCCCCUUCUCUUCCCCUGUUGCAGCCAGUAAACCCGACCUACCGAUCCCGGGUCACACCACCGCCGUCACCUGGACGCAUUCGGGACUGGAGCCUCAGAACCAGUUUCUAGCGGUGAACUCUCAAGUGCGAGAGACGGAACACAAACUGUCCAAACUCCCCUCCAGUUUGUGAGGCUCAGACACACCCUCCUUUAAUGGUGACGGACUACAACUCAAUCACUCUCUUCGUUCACGUAUGCACUCCUUUGAAUCCAGGCGGGUGUGCCACUCUUAUCCAGCACUUUCCACCACAGAAUGUAUGGCUUACAGGUCUAUUUUUUGAAUGCCUGGCUGGCGAUGGACGUAAUGGGCACCCCUGCUGUAAUCCAUCCAUCCAUUGUCCCUCUCGGGGUGGCGGGGGGG